AUGUUGCAGCUUCAAAAUACUUUUGUUCUCUUACUUUCAUCAUUGUUUUUAACAUUCCUCUAUCAAUGUUCUGCUACACAAUUCAUAGUGGGAGAUUCUGCAGGUUGGGUUAUUCCACCAUAUCCAACAUACUACACUAAUUGGACAAACUCUAAUUUUUUUAGAGUAGGAGACUCUCUAGAAUUCAACAUGGAUACAAAAUUCUACAACCUAAUUCAGGUAUCACAAUCUGAGUAUGAUCAUUGCACAUCACUUGAGCCUAUAAAGGUGUUCAAUACUAGCCCUAUAAAUUUUCCAUUAAAGGAAAAAGGUAUCUACUACUUCAUAUGUAGUGUCUCAAAUUAUUGUACUUUAGGCCAAAAAAUUACAAUUUUGGUCCAUGAAAUUCCUCCACCAAAUCCACCAACACCAUCAGCAUCACCUCCAUUACAACAUGCACCAAAGAUAUCUCCACAAAUAUCACCAAAUGUUUCUGCUCCUCAACCUAGUGGUGCCAUGAGUAUCCCUCCAGCAUCUAUAAAUGUAUCAUCUCCAACUCCUCAAGGAAGUAAUGUAGGGUGUCCUCCUACACCAUCUUCAAUUCAAGGGGUGAAGAAUAAUAUUGAUGUGGCAUUAUUGGUUUGUGCUAUGUUUGGUACAUUCAUAGGAUUUUGGUUGAUGUAG